AUGGCUCAGAAGGUUAAACCUGCGCCCGCUGGUGAGAGUCUCAGCGAACUAACCGUCGGCAACAGCAGUCAGUUCAACCAACUAGUCCAAUUAGGAGAUGUCCGUGGCGCCACACAACUAGCAAAUGCCGUGCUAGAGAGCGCUGAACAGAGAAAGUCAACUACUGCCCAGGAAAAGAUUGCUAUUAAAGAUUCUGUUGUGAAGACUGUGUCAGAGAUACAAGUUGGCAAUUUACAAUCUUUGAUUCAAGUGACGUCAAUUAUUGCACGAGCAACACUGGAACCCAGCGAGGUGACAUUCGACACUCAGAAACUUGCACUGAAAACACUCACCUCUAUGACGUCACUACUUUCAAGUAAGACGACAGAAGAUUAUGCUUCAGAAUAUGUCUUAGUUGAGGAAGGAGGAGAGAACCUGGUACUGGGCCUCGGCAAUCUUCUCCAUUCCACUGCCCAGAAAGCUGAUGUUGUCGGUCAAACAAAAGAGCCAACGGACGUACGAUCUAAGAGUGAAAACAUCUCCAGAGACACGGAGAAACUCAUUGAUGACGUUGCAACAGCUCUGUUGUCAAAGAUGAUAGUGGAUCAAGAACCUCGCCGUAUUAAUACUAAGUCCAUCAACAUGGAACUAAGCCGAAUGAGCUCCAGAUCAAGGGGAACCAGUGCAGACUUCACAGACGAUGAUAGGGCAGGAUUUAAAUUUUCUCUUGCUGCCAUAACUGAUGACAAAGUGAUAACUCCUGAAUAUAUAGAUAGCGUGUUGACGAUGAGUGCUUUUAAUCCUUUCACUUGGGAUAACAGUUCAGCUGUUGUCAGGGAUUCUCAUGUCCUUAGUUUGAACCUUAAAGAUGACGAAGGAGAACCUUUAAUAGUCAAAGACAGCAGAGAGGAUAUAGAGAUCAAGAUUCCACGGAAAGUGAAAUUUACUCCAGAGGAAAGAGUUUCGUUCUUUGUGAAGCCCAGCAGUGAGGGGAAAAUGCAAUACCAUAAAAUAAACUCACCAGGUGUAAGAGGGAACGCUCUACGGCUGCGAAUCACACCAGAAAGACCCACCAUCUUUAAGGUGUUUGUGCGACAAGGUCAGCGGCCAACUGUCACAGAAUACGACCUAACCAAGAGAAUCCCCGAUGAGUCGUGUUCCAUAUCUCCUCAGGCUUCUCAGCGUGGUUGCAGCGAAGAAGCUUACGAUGUUGUCUUGUACCAUGAACUAAUCAGUGAGGCGG